UGUUGUGUUUGCUACAGCAAUGAUAACAACUUUAUAGUAUGGAAAUAGAACCACAAAAUACUUGCAUAGAUAUUAUGAGUCGUUCUGUUCCUACAAGUCCACCACCCAAUGUGACUCGUAAACGUCCUAACCGGUAUAGUGAUAGGUUUAUUCCUAGUCGUGAAGGUGGGGAUUUAGUAUCAGCUUUCUCUUUAUUAGAAAGUCCUAAACAAUCCAAACCUUUGCCUUGGUUGGAAAAUUGUUCCGAUAACCAUGUCUCUAGUUGUGUCUUGAGGAUAUCCAAUGGAGCAUCUCCAGCUAGUACUUUAUCCCAUUCUCGCUCAGAAAGAGAUAACAUUGGUGAUGAAGAAGAAAGCACGGUGAAUCAAGAAGACAGAGUAGAAACUAGUUAUAAACACGUUCUUAGACAAGAAUUGUUUGGUGAAUGGUGGAAUGAGACCCACUGUUUGGAGAAGAGUGAUUCUUAUAAUAACUUGUCUGGAGUAGACUCGAGUUGUCAAGACUAUUCUAAUGGUUUCAACUCAACUUUUGGAGAGGUUAGACAGUGGAAGGAUUGGAAACAAUUGAAUAAUAGCUCAAAGAAGCUGUUUCGUUUCAAAGCUCGUUCAAAAAGUAGAUUGGUAACUUCUCCAUUGAAUCUUUCUUUAGAAGGACUCUUAUCUUCAGAAGUUUUUACAUCGACUCCCACUACAACUAGGAAAAUUGUAAAGUCGCCUUAUAAAGUUUUGGAUGCUCCUAAUUUGGCUGAUGACUUUUAUCUCAAUUUGGUAGAUUGGUCUUGUAACAAUAUCUUGGCAGUUGGAUUGGAUCGAUCAGUAUAUCUUUGGAAUGCAUUGAAUAGUAAAGUUACCAAACUUUGUGAAGUUUCUAGUGGUGAUGCUAUUUGUUCUGUAAGUUGGAGUCCUCGAGGAAAGGAAUUGGCAGUUGGCACUCGAUGUGGUGAAGUUCAUUUAUACGAUGUUUCUUGUUUAAAGAAUAUUCGAACUUUUAUGGGACAUACACUACGUGUAGGUUGUCUUUCAUGGAAUGAUAGAUUGCUUGCUUCUGGUUCUCGAGAUCAUUCUAUACGUGUAAGAGAUUGGAAAAGUCCUUCGAACCAAGUCAUUGAACUUUGUGGUCAUUCACAAGAAGUUUGUGGUUUGAAAUGGUCUUAUGAUGAUAAAUAUUUGGCUUCUGGUGGGAACGAUAAUAAGUUAUUCAUAUGGAAUCCUGGUUGUAGUUUUUCACCUGUCAAUCGAUUGGAUCAGCAUACAGCUGCAGUAAAAGCCAUUGCUUGGUCACCUCAUCAAAGUGGAUUACUUUGUUCUGGAGGAGGUACAGCAGAUCGAUGUAUUCGGUUUUGGAAUGUUGUAAGUGGCACUCUAUUGAAGACAAUAGAUACUGGUUCACAAGUAUGCAAUAUUGCUUGGUCUAAAAAUGUGAAUGAGUUUGUAUCUACACACGGCUAUUCACAGAAUCAAAUUAUUGUAUGGAAAUAUCCAAGUCUGUCCAAAGUGACAACUUUGACUGGACACACUUAUCGAGUUUUGUAUUUAGCUGUUUCACCCGAUAAUGAGUCCAUUGUAACUGGAGCAGGUGAUGAAACUUUACGAUUUUGGAAUGUCUUUCCUGGAACAAAAACCAAAGCAGAUACGAUGGAAUCAAAAAGUAUGCUCUCCAGUUGCCGAACUUGUUUAAGAUGAGUUGUGUGAAUAUUUUGUCCUUUUUCACGAGAAAUAAAGAACAAAAUGAUGAUACUGCUCCAUCAGACCAAAUGUAGUAUUCUGUCAAGUGAGUGUAGUGAGUAAAUAUUAUUAUCAUCGU